CCACCCUUCUCUCUCAGGACAAGACUCCCUGUCCCUGCAGGGCGAGCCGUAGGUCGCCUCCUCCCUCCCUCCCUCCCUCGCGCGCGCGCGCGUGGCCGGCGGCGGGAAGGCCCGCAGGCAGGCAGGCAGCAAGGCGCGGCGGGGACGGCCUCCUCUCCUUCCUAGCUCCCGCCCUAUCCUCUCGCGCCCCGCCGGCGGGGAGGCACGGCCGGCGAUAAGGUUUCCCAGCGAGUGGUGGCGCUGCUGACCCGACCAGACCUCCUCCCACCUGCCUCCACCUCGCCUGGAAUCGAACUGAAGGUUGACAGCAUCGCUUCCAAGGUCAGUCUUGAGGCAUGGGAGAGUGCAGUGAGCACAGAUGUUGGGACGAGCUGUUGCCGGACGCCCUGGGCCUCAUCUUUCGCAACCUCUCCCUCAAGGAUGUGCUCACCGUGGUGCCGCGGGUUUGCAAAUCCUGGGGCCGGGUGGUUGCAGGACCUUACUGCUGGCAGGACAUCGACAUUCAGGAGUGGAGUCAGCAGCAGAGUAAGCCGGACCAUCUCAGGCGCAUGGUUCAUAUGCUCAUCGCCCGAAGCGGAGGCUCGUUCCACCGCAUUAGUGUGUCCGGCCUGCCCGGCGAUUCGUUGUUCGCCUUCAUUGGGGACCAGGCACGGUCCCUUAAAACCUUGGAGCUUCCACGGAGUGAGAUCAGCGACUCCUUAGUGGAAAAUGUUGCACCAAGAUUGUCCAAUGUUACAUUCUUGGACGUAAGCAGCUGUACUAAGAUUGGUGCUCGUGCUCUAGAGGCAUUUGGCAAGCAUUGUAGAUCCCUGGUUGGGCUUCGGCGAGUCAUGCACCCUACAGAUGUUGUUGGUAGGGCCAGUCAACAUGAUGAGGCUCGUGCUAUCGCUUGCAAUAUGCCAAAGCUCCGUCAUCUUGAGAUAGGGUACAUGCUCAUUGCAACGAAGGCUGUUGUUGAGAUUGCCUCUCACUGUCAUGAUCUCAAAUUUUUAGAUCUGCGUGGCUGCUGGAAUGUUGAUGACAAAUUCUUGCAAGAGAGAUAUCCUGGGCUGAAAGUCGUUGGCCCCUAUGUGGACGACUGCUAUGAAAACAGCUUCUGGGAGGAAUGUUCGGAUGACUCGGAUGAUUCCAUCUACUGGGAACUCAUGGAUGAUGAUUAUUAUGCAGCCGGGAGUGAUGAUGAGGGCAUAUGGGAUGAUGGUCAAGGUCUUGAGGGCUUAGAAGUAAGGUUUUAUGGUGGUGGAUUUAGUGAAAGCCAUGCUGGUUUUGAUUGGCCGCCAUCUCCAUGAAAGCUGCAUCAAGUUCUUCAGAAAAGCGUCUGUGUAUCCCUUCUGCUUCCUCUCAUAUGCUUCAACCUAGUGAACAUCAACUUCCUUAGUAGUGUGUUUGUAUUUGUAUCAUCCCCUAGCUUGCAGAUAUUUGAAACCAUCUAUCUGGAUAUAAAAUGUUUGGUGUUUAUACA